CUGGUAUCGAUGCAAUGCCGAGUGCUGUAUACGCAGCACAGGCAUUGCCGAUACCGCCUAUAAUCGCUAUUCGGAUCGGUCCUCCCGCCCUACAGCAAUUACCAAGCAGGUGUGUUUCUAAGAAGUCUUUAAAACUUUUGCCAUAGCGCAUUGUUUUCCUUCAACUUUUUUUUUGAAGUAAAAGAAACAAAACUUGGCGAUGAAUAUGAAAGCCAAACGACAUUAUUUCGUCGCUUUCUUCCUACUUUCCAACACAGCGAGCUGGUGUCAGCCCCCUCAGACUCAUUCAAGUCUCUCUUUUCAAGACGAGUUUAGCGGCCAGACGACGACAGGUCCCAAAUAUCAACUUAUGAGUGGAAAAGAUGCCGAGAGACGACGUUUCCAAUCAAUAAUCUUGCUAGAAGUACUAGCAACAGCCGUGAACAGCUUGAAGAGCAAGGAGGACCAAACAUGGAGUCCGACGGUCCCCGCGAUGUCCGAACACAAGAUGGCGUCUUCUUCUGAAAGGGAAAAACGCUCUAUGAACCCGAAUGACAAAGCAACGCAUCAGUGGAUGGAGGAAAGAGGUUUUAAUGUGAACACUCCGAAUCUAGACUGCAAUUCGGGUCAAAUCAAACAUGUUGUUUUGGGCAAAUUCAACAUCAGUGGUCAACUGGAAGCUAACUUUCCACAUCUGGGCCAUCAGGCUGCUUCAACGGACACAGUCCAUGGGCAGGGAAGCAAGGUGAGGAUUCGAGGUCUGCGGCGCGGUGGAGAAGAGGAGUUGUGGCUGAAACUGCGACCUGAGGUUGAAUGUGGAGACAACGCCAUGACCCUCACUGUUAGGAGGAGACGAGCUGUACAGCUUCUUCUACACCCAGAGAAUGAGUCGUCCGUUUCUUUGUCCCAGCUGCCCCCUCAGUGCGGGUACACUGUGAAGACCACCCGCAGGAUGCUCACCGUGACAGCUCGGUACAAUGCCUGUCACGUCACACACCAGGGUGCCAGUUAUGAUUUGCCCCUGCUGUGGAGAGGCACUCCAGUCAAGAUGUCAUGCCCGGUCUCGCCCAUCAAGCCAACAGCUAUUAGCCCGUCUUCACUCUGUUGCUCUCCGUAUGGAUUGAACGUCAGACUGCCUGCUGGACAAGAGCUUCGUGUCAAAGUUGAAGGAGAAUGGACCCCCAUGUUGUUGGCCCAGCGGUGUGGCUACACUUUAGACAGACAAAAUGCAGACAUACUGCUUGCUGCCCCGUUCAUCACGUGUGGCAUCGCAAUAAAGGAUGGACUACACACAAUUCACCUUCAAAUCGGAGAAAAUACCUUUACUUUGGCCUGUCCUGUUUUUGACCCCAAAGCGCCCCUUCCAACACACCACCCACUAGUGAGGAACCCUCCGACGGAGACCGUAACGCAAACCGUGGAGUCAUUUCCUUGGGAUCCGCCUUUCUACCUGGCGCCCCCCUUCUACCCUCACCCCACCUAUCAACCGGAGAAUCCUGCAGCGUCAACUCCUGAACCCACAAUGGCUGCACAGCCUCCCCCUCUCGAUGCCCCCCAGCUAGACGGUCACUCCCAUCCCGAUUCUGACAUUUUGGACUCAGGUGGGGCUUAUUCAGAGCAGCACAGUGACACCGCUUCACCGGUUCGGGUUGAAACUCCCUUUUUCCGAGCCCCCAAUGAUGCCUUCAAGCCGUACUACCACUACUACCAUCACCCCAAAAUCCCUCAUUCUAGUCCACCUCAACAUUCUCAUCCAGGCCUUCAGGUGGAUCCCGAGGGGCGGCUCUCAUUUUCUCAUUUAACAUCCGACUAUUAUGUCCCACGUAUGACUCGGGGUGACUCGGAAACGUUGCCAGAUGUACAUGCAGACAGCGAUGCCGUAGCAACAUCUCAUGGUUCUGAUAAAAGGACGAUGAGCACACUUGUGUCUGCCCCCCCUUGGACUUCAGUCCAUCCAGACCAAGGCUUUCAUCCCUUUUCUGGGGAACUGGUUAAAAAUGAAAAGUAUAACUCUGGUGUGAUUCAAAAUCCUCUCCUUGCUGGUUAUGAAAAGGUAGAAACCAAUCAUAUGAAGAGCCGAUCCAUGCCUGUGGCUCCUGAAGUUCCUCCAACAUCUCUUUAUCUUCAGCCAUCUUCAUUUCCCUUUCUCCUACCUCUGUCUGACCAUCCUUCGUCCCAUGACGAUCACCACGACCCUUAUCGCUCCCAUCGGACACCUCCAGCCAAACACGGAGACGAGAUGUAUGACCUUCAAAAUCCUUACCUUCACCCUUAUCACUUCUACUACCCUGUCCAUGACUACGUGGACUAUGAAGAGGAACCUGCCUUAUCAGAACCUUGGCCUUUUCCUGACAUGUCAUUGGCUCAGCUCGCUCGUCAUCACCUCUACCCCCCCGUUGCCGGUCAGCAGCAUCCACAUCAACUUCUUCAGCAUCCUGGUGGAGAUGGAGAAUUUGACCUUGAGGAAUGGAUGGAUUUACUUCCUGUGUGUGACAGAAGUGUGCUCGACCGCAGAGGGGGGGGCUGCGUUGUCGGCUGCAUCAAAAGUGAGUCGCAAAGAACCAACACUAAAUAGUUCAUUUUGGUUCAUACGCUUAAUUCAUGAUUCCUAAAUGGUCUAAAGCCCCAAUAAGCCAAGACACGCAUGCAAGAACAUGAUAGCUGUCAUCACGGUUUCUUUUCAUUUCAUCUCACAGGUCCAGGUAGUCAUGUUUGAACCUGGAAAUAAAGACACUGAUACGCACCUGCAGCCUUUUUUUAAAUCAUACUUUACAUGAGCAAUUAAGGGUAAUAAUAAGCUGGCUCAGAAGUGCAAACACAUUAAUAAAAAUCAAAACAAAACACAAUCAAACCCCCCCAGAGAGGGCAAAUCCCUGACUUAUGGGAAGUGAUAAGGCUUGGACCAAUCAGCUCAAGUGAUGCUGAUUAAUGUGGGGGGGUCCAUCCAUUGAUCGUGGUUGGUUAAAUCGUAUGUACCAACUUUUCUACUAUAUAUUUAAAUACACAUUGCAUACAUUGUUUUCUGUGUGUAUAUGCUGUAUAUACAUACAUUACAUAUUAUUAUCAUAUUAUUUACACAUUACAUCCAAAUUGCAUUUUAUCAAGGAAAUUAUCAAAUGUAAUUGAAUGCAUACAAAGAGAUGAGUUAAUUUCCAUAUCAAAAAGACCACUAAAUCAUAUGAUACUUAUAAAGUAUAUGUGGAAAAUACACAUAUAUUGACUAAUACUUAAUGUAAACUAUAACGCUAUAAGCUUUUGCUUCAGCCUACUCCUUUUGGGCUUGUGAUCAGAUAGUUGAAUACAAAUGUAAAUAAUGGAAAGUUACAUUUUGAUUGAUGUAAGAAAUGCACUGUAAUAUUUCAUAUAUUUGCCCCAAAAAAAAAAAAAUUUGAAAAAACUAAACUAAAGUGUUGCUCAAAUUGACGUCAAAAUAAGUCUGUGUUUGACUUGCUGUGUCUGUGAGCCACUUUUGGGUCCCGACCCACCAGUUGAGAACCCCUAUUCUGCUUUAGAAAUAUGUCAUGGACACAUGUUUUGAAGCCGUGUGGAAUUAACGUGUGAAAUAGUCACUCAUCGCUUCUGGAAUCCAGAGUGGAAUAUUUUAUUGAAGUCAGCUGUUGGCGUACGACACAAGAACUAAAACUAAAUCCAAGGCAUUUUAGCAGCAACAAGAUCUUUUAGCAGGAAUGCGUGUUAAGAAAAAGUGUAUGUAACAUUGGACCCUUUACCAGGACACUCUCACAUUGUCCUGUAGAAUAAAGUCACAAAAAUAAAAUAUGAAAAGGCCAGAACUACAAAUGGCCGACUGAUGUGUGUAAUCUGAAAUAGGUCAUGGGUAACUUCUGCUAGCAUUUUUCAAUAUGAUCUGAAAGCUGAUCAUUAGUUAAAACCUAAUCCCCCACCCCACUCCUGAUGUUUGAAGAAUCCUCCUAGUACACAGUGGAGUAUCGGGCGCCGUAGGAUGUCUGGUCUUUCUUGAGCUGUUUCAAGAGGAUAAUGGUGGCCACCAGGGUCGUAAUCUGUCACGCAGACACAGGAAGUAGAAGGGGAAAUAAAGCAAGGAUGAAUAGGAGCAGUGAUUGGUGUUCCCUGUUGUGAUUGAGAAGAUGAAAGCUGCCACCUCAAGCCUUAGUUUGUCCUUCCGUGCUGUAGUGUUGAGUAUUGUGUGUUUUGCCAAGCGGGUGUGUAUAUAUAUAUAUAUAUAUAUAUAGUGUCUAUAUAUAUAUAUAUAUAUAUAGUAUGCGUGUUUGUGUCCUUUUUUAGAUGGCUUUGCCCUCUCUUCACUUGGACCCUGCAGAGCUUCGGUGUUAAACGUGUUGGACUAUCUCAGGUCGUUCCUGAACGUGUCACCAUAGAGCUUUAACGGCCGGAAAUAGCCACUGAAUCAAUUGUAUCGUGAGCGCGACAACCUCAAGCAUGACUUCCUGUUUGAGAUGUAUGGCGGACGACAUGACCAAAUCUGGGCUUGUAGUAAGUCGUUCAUUUUGAAAAAUCAUAGAAAAAAUUUCAUUUCUUUUUUUUUUCUUUUUUUUUUUACUUGUGAAAAUGAUUUUGCCCAAUGUCCCUUAGGGGGGGGUUCCUGACAGCCCCCGUUUUCAGUAGUCCGCUUAACAAAACUUGGGCAACAUUUACAGUACAUGAUGAAUUUUGACGCUUGAAUAUGCGAUCAAUUGUAUCGUGAGCGCAACAACCUCGAGCAUGACUUCCUGUUUGCGAAGUAUGGCGGACGACCACGACCAAAUCUGGGCUUAUAGUAAGUCGCUAAUUUUGAAAUAUCAUAGAAAAAUUAGUAUUUUCUUUUUUUUUUUUUUUCGUGAAAAUGAUUUUGCCCAAUGUCCGUUUGGGGGGGGGGGUUCCGGACAGCCCCCGUUUUCAGUAGUCCGCUUAAUAAAACUUGGGCAACAUUUACAGUAAAUGAUGAAUUUUAAAAUGAAAAAAGGGUCAAAUAUUCUAAUUAUGCAAUAUAAAAAUAUACUAUAUAGUGUAACGUACUGGGAGUGCUUGUGACUUCCCAGCAUACUUUGCAGCACUUUUGUUAAAGUUGCUAAAUUACAAUUUAAUCUGUUGUAGUAGUAGUAGUACUAGUAGUCCUGUUUGUGUGUUUAAACCAGGGGUGGGCAAACUGCGGCCCGGGGGCCACAUGCGGCCCACCAAGCGUUUGAAUCCGGCCCGCCAGUUUCUUUUCAACUUUUAACAUACAAACUGGCAACAUGACUAGCAAGUCAGAUGUCGUAUUUAGUAAAAAAAAAAUAAAAUAAAUUAAAUGACAUAGUUUGAUGUGGUCUGAUGUUUAAAGUGCUCCUGAAAAAAGGGACAUGAGGACAUACAGUUGAUAGUAUGACACUUUGACAGAUAAAAUUAAUUAUAAUUAUACAAAUACUAUUUUAUGCUUAUAAUAUUUAUUAUGUGGCAUGUGUUAAAUAUGUUCUGGCACCCUAGAAUACCCUAGAAUAAAAACUCAAUGCGGCCCACAAGUCAAAAUAUUUGCCCACCCCUGGUUUAAACCUUCGGUAAAGCAACUGGAAAACAUUUUUUGCAGCGGAAGAAAGCAAAAUUUCCCUUCUUUUCAAAUGCAAACGUUAGAUAGAUUUGGGAUUUUAACGCUUGUGUAUCCUACUGUCCGGUGUGUUACGAUGCCAUGACCGCUUUAAAUUUGUAACGACGGGGUCGGGGUCGUGGACCAGGUCUGGACCGUAGGGAUGUUGGCUGCAGUGAGAGGAGUGAAGAUGACCGGUUCCUGGUCAGGGUCGGAGCCAGCGACUAAGUCAUGCUGGGGUGGGUUGUUAGCCAGAGACGGGGAGCAGUUGGUCAAGAUGAUGUACUGAGGAGUUGGGCUGGACUCCAGCUUUCGUUUGAGUAUAGCGCUGCACAGCAGAGUAAUCAGC